CCGGAAAUCCUAAAACAUUCAGAAGAAUAAUCUAAGAAUUAGAAGAAUUAGAAUAACAGGUAUUAGUUAAGCUGUUAAAAGUUAUAUUUUCAAAUAUAAUAAGUAACAAACCGUUUCAUUUAUGCCAGUUAAUGUCUGGAAACAACAACACAUUUUGUGGUGAAAUGUGUGAUUCGCUCUCCAGUGAGACAGGACAAAAAUACAUUUUGAAAUCACAAACUUGUAAUGUGUAGCCAAGACUAUUGUCACGUUUCCAUCUAAAAGGUGAAGCGCAUCUGUAGAAAGAUGGCAAAAAAGAGGUUCGAAUUAGGUGCGUUUCUAUCAAGUGGUUGGAGCGGAAAACUUGUGAAAACGAAACAUAUUCAGGGCUUGUCGUAUCCUGUUGAUAACAUGUUCUCUCUUAGAUCCUGAUACAUAGUAGAAUUGCGUUGUUGUUUUCCAUCUAAAAUAGCUGCAAGGUUUUUUUCUUCGAUGAGAGCAUUCCUGUUUUAAAAUAUCAGUGUUUAAGCUAUACAAUAGGCUAUAUAGGAACAUUUUAAAAGUAUAACAAAGAUGGAGGCCUAUUCAACAUAUUUACAUACUAUUAUUUUAAAAUGAAAGAGGGGUUUUGUUUUACAUAAUACGUCGCUGAUGGAGGAAACCCAUCGCAACGGAAAUCCCAGUCGGAUCCAUCUGACCGUGUGUGCGCGUGUGCGUGUGUGUGCGUGUGUGUGUGUGUGUUUUUCUAUUCUAUUCUCGCUCGUUCGUAAUUCUUAUAUCAAUAGCCUACUCUCCAAUAAUAGAAUAAUAUAAUAGACUGAUUGUUUAUAUGUAGGGUACAGCUGGCUUGCCGUGUGAAUACGCAUAACUUUUCAUUUAUAUUUAUUCAAAAGAUUGACAUACUAUUUUAAAACUAAAGAGGCUGGUGUUUUGUUUUAAAUAAUUUGUUUAUAUUGUUCAGUAGUUAUAUGCCUACAUGAGGCCGUAGCACAGUUAACAUACGAGCUGAGCUGGUGACGACAUCGAGUACUUGAAGUCCGGACUUGCCAAGUACGAUCUUCCAAGUACGAGUCACACACACAAACACGCACACACACACAGCCCGGCACCAUCCCGCGACAUAAAUACAGGAAGUUAACAUGGACCUGCCCAUAACGCGGGGGAACUCCGGUCAGUGAAUGAAUGACAAUCUUAAUAUCAGAUGUCGUCGGUCAGCCGCCCAGCCGUGAAGCUUGGUGACGAUGUCCUGCAGGACUGGAAGCAGAUUGGACGCGGAGGCUUUGGGGCUGUGUAUUGCGCCAGGCAAAAGGACUGGUGUUUUGAUGUGGCUAUCAAGAUGCUGCACACACAUAAUAGUGACCAGCUGUGGAAGGAGGCCCAAGCCAUGACCAGGGCCUGCAGCCCAUUUGUGCUGAGGGUCUUCGGAGUUUACCGGGGGAUUCCUCCGGGAAGUAGCAGACACGAGUGUGAGGGCAUCGUCACUGAAUACAUGAAGAGGGGUACCUUGGAGUCCCUCCUGGAGAGGCUGGCGGGCCCCCCUCCUUGGCCCCUGGCCUUCCGUCUGGCCCAACAGCUGGCCCUAGGUAUGAACUUCCUACACACGCUGAGUCCCCCCCUCUUGCACAGGGACUUGAAGCCCAGCAACGUGCUGCUGGACGACCACCUCGACGCCAAGCUUGCAGACUUUGGUCUGUCCAGGGUGACAAACAGCCAUUUGAACAGCAGUGGAACGACCACAGAAGACCAAGCAGGCACACUGGUCUUCACACCCCCUGAGGCUUUUGAUCUGUCCUACAAGCCUGUCCGCGCCUACGACAUCUACAGCUAUGGGAUAGUUAUCUGGUCCGUUUUCACUGGUAAAAAACCCUAUUCAGGCGCUAUGACCAGUCUGGUUCAUCUACGAGUACCUCUCGGAGAUAGACCUCCCACUGAUGAAGUGGAUCACUCUAAAGCAGAUGGGUUGAGUGAUCUGAAGAAGCUCAUGGUGAGAUGUUGGGACCGUGAUCCGGAUAAAAGACCGUCCUUUGGAGGUGACUACUGGUAGCAGUUACGUGCUACUUUGAUCUCAAAGGUUUAAAGGUUGUUGAUUGUGAAACGGCAGCGAUUAUUAAAAAGGUAUAAUAUCUAAUGUUUCCAUAUUUAAGAAACUAUAAUUUUAUAUUUUGUUGAGUUGUAAUAAUAAUAAUAAUAAUAAUAAUAAUAAUACAUUUUAUUUAUAAUGCACUUUAUAUUCAAGAAUCUCAAAGUGAAUACACAUGAGUUGUAUGAUUACCUUAAACCAAAGGGUAGAUUUCAUUUGUUGUCCGUCAUUGCCCCUUUUCCCCUUACUUCCAGUGAAACACAGAAAAGCAGUAAUGCAGUAGAGAUCUGCUUUAUUGAUAUAAUAUUAUGCAACUCCAAAUUGCCUAACCCUUGUCUAACCCUAUAUUUUGAGGCUAUUUCCUAAGAAUGAAUUGAUAUAAUGUGUAUAAAACUUGAAUACAUUAUCUUAUGUGUUAGCAUGAUGAGUCAGGUUACAGAUUUCAGUGUUUCCCGCAGCACUGUAUGGUCAAGGCCGCCGCCUUAACAACAAAAGGGUCCUGCCUUGACUACCAAUGUAGAAAUAACACAACAAUAGUCGUGCCAUAAAGUUUUUUAUGCCACGCCAAACAGACAACAACUAUUGUUUUGAUUGAGAGCCCUAGAGGCAGAAAUCUUACAGUAAACCUUUAAAAAGUUCCAGUAAUCAAGUUGUAUUUGCUCGUGUUUUAGAUUGCCUUGAAGUGACCGAUGGGGUCGAUCCCAGGGAUGAGGCGGCGAUUCGCCGUGCUGUGGAUCAGGUUUUGUCAAAG